AUGACCGUUGUGGGCAUCCUGGGCCCAUUCUUGAUAGGAACCGGACCCAUCCUUGCCGUGUCUAGUCUUGUCCUCUCGCGCAGCUCGCUGCUCAUCCUUCUUGGCCUGGUAGGGGCCUUCUACUGGAUCACCAUACUGAUUGCCAUCAGCAUCCUGCUUAGAGGCUUCACAUCGACCGACCCUGGCAACCUCGCCUCCCUGAGUCUGCUGCUGACAGCUGUCGUGCUCCAAGGGGCCGCCCGCCUCCUGCAAGCCAAGGGUUUCAGGCUUGGGCUGGGCAGGCUUAAUGCCUAUGCAGCAGGCCAGCACAGCACUUUGACCAAGCAGGAUGCCUGGGGCGUGAUCCUGGCCCUGGGCACUGGCCAGGCGGCCGCUCAGUCCCUGGCCUUUUUUGUCAGCUGGCUCCCCUUCCUGCGAAACGGCGGCACUCUGACCCCCCCCUCCUCAUGCUGGAACAUCUCCUUCUUCGUCCAGGCAGCACUCAACAGCCUUGGUUUCAGCCUGGUCCUCCCCGCGGCGGCCUUGCUAUCGUGCACUGCAGCGCUGCAGGAUGGAGGCAUGCUGAGCAUGGCUGGGUUUCCCGCUGGCCUGCACCUGGCAGCAGCCUUCCUGACGGUCCUGGGCUCCACAAACUCUGCAGUGUGCGUCCUCGGCACGCCUGCCAUGCUCUGCUUGGGGCUGGCCUCCGUCGGCCUUGCGUCUUCCUCGUUCUGGAGGGCCGAGGACUUGUCCCGUCUCUGA